CCACCCUCGGGAACGCGCCCAGCCUUCUUCGCGUCCCUUGGUGGCGUUACCUGACAGGAGGCGACAUGGCCCCGCGCAAGAGCCCCAAGAGCGGCAGCCCCGGACCCAGGAGAGAGGCAAAACCCGGAGGAAACAAGAAUGGCAAGAAGGAAGGCCUUUCUGGAAGUUCCUUUUUUACAUGGUUUAUGGUAAUUGCACUUCUGGGAGUGUGGACAUCAGUCGCAGUGGUUUGGUUUGAGCUUGUCGAUUAUGAGGAAGUACUAGCCAAAGCAAAGGACUUCCGUUAUAACUUGUCAGAGGUACUCCAAGGAAAACUUGGGAUCUAUGAUGCUGAUGGAGAUGGAGAUUUUGAUGUGGAAGAUGCCAAGGUUUUGCUAGGACUUAAGGAAAGAUCUGUCCCAGAACAAACAACAACAAGAGAUGCUGAAGAGGUGAUCCAACCUGUAAAGGAGCCACAUGUGAGAACAGAACAUAAGAUUGCUGAAGCAGAACCUGAAGAUGAAAUUGAGUCUUUGCUACGAGAAGUCCUCAAAUCACAACUUGAACAAACAAGUGAAACAGGUGAGGAACAUGUGCAUGAAGAAACACAUUUUCAAGAUGAGGAUGAGGAGGAUGAGGAAGAGAACAAUGAAAUACCUGAAGUUCCCAUGGUAGAGGAGGACUAUAAUGGAGAAGUGGAAGAUGAAAUGCCAGAUGUAUUAGAAAGACCUGGAACUAUCGAGGAAGAACAGGCAAGUGAAUAUCAACCACGAGAGCCUGAAGUAGAUGAUACUGAUGUUACAUAUGAAUAUCAUACGCAUGUGGAAGAAGGCACAUAUGAACCAGAAGGCCCAGAUGAUACAGAACUAAAUCUAGAAGAUGCCCUGGAGCAUAACACAGAACCUCUUUCAGAAGGUAUAGAACAGCAAGAUUAUAUGGAUGAAAGUGAAUUGGAAAAUGAAGAUUUUAUUGAUGCUCAGGAUACAGAUGACGAACCUUUAACUGAACAUUAUUAUGAAAAUAUACAAGAGCCAGUGGACAGCACUGAACAAAGACAGCCAGUUGACAGCACUGAAAAUCAAGCACAUGCUCCAGAUUCUUUUACUGAACAUUUUGAAUCAGUAGGUGAGAGUGAACAUGCAGAAGAUCACGGGGCCGCUCAAACUCGUGAGACAGAAGUUCCUGUUCAAGCAGAUGAUUAUUCAAAGGAUGAUUUAGUUGCUCAAGGUGAAAAGGAAACCCAGCAGAAAGAAAAAACUAAGAAGAAGAAACCGAAAUUGCUCAAUAAAUUUGAUAAAGGCAUUAAAGCUGAGCUGGAUGCUGCAGAAAAGCUGCGUAAAAAGGGGAAAGCAGAAGAAGCUUUGAAGGCAUUUGAAACAUUAGUAAGCAAGUAUCCCCAAAGUCCACGGGCAAGAUAUGGAAAAGCCCAGAGUGAGGAUGACUUGGCUGAGAAAAUGAGAAGCAAUGAAGUACUGCAGCAGUCCGUCAGUACCUAUGGCGAAGUGGCCAGCCUACCGAAUGUCCCCGAUGAUCUGAUAAAACUGACCCUGAAACGACGGGCGGAUAGGCAGCAGUUUCUUGGUCGCAUGAGAGGUUCACUUGUUACAUUACAAAAACUAGUUAAUCUCUUUCCUAAUGAUACUUCAUUGAAGAACAACCUUGGAGUGGGUUAUCUUUUGAUUGGAGACAACAGCAAUGCCAAACGGGUUUAUGAGGAGGUUCUGAACCUGGCUCCUAAUGAUGGCUUUGCGAAAGCGCAUUAUGGCUUCAUCCUGAAGGCAGAGAAUAAGAUUGAAGAAAGCAUCCCCUAUUUAAAAGAAGGUCUAGAAUCCGGAGACCCAGGCACUGAUGAUGGCCGCUUUUACUUUCAUUUGGGUGAUGCCAUGCAGCGAGUUGGAAACAAUGAGGCGUACAAGUGGUAUGAACUUGGGCAUCAGCGGGGUCACUUUGCAUCCGUGUGGCAGCGCUCUCUGUACAAUGUGAAGGGGUUGAAGGCUCAGCCAUGGUGGACAGCAAAGGAAACCGGUUCUUCAGAACUGGUCAAGUCCUUAGAAAGAAGCUGGAAGGUGAUUCGGGAUGAAGGGCUUGCUGUGAUGGACAGAGGAAAGGGACUCUUUUUGCCUGAAGAUGAGAACUUGCGAGAAAAAGGAGACUGGAGCCAGUUUACCUUGUGGCAGCAAGGACGAAAAAAUGAAAAAGCCUGUAACAGCGUUCCCAAAACGUGUGCCUUAUUGGAACGAUUCCCGGAGGCCACUGGAUGCAGACGAGGGCAGAUCAAAUAUUCUGUCAUGCACCCGGGUACUCACGUCUGGCCUCACACAGGACCUACUAACUGCAGGCUGAGGAUGCAUUUAGGCUUGGUGAUUCCAAAACAAGGCUGCAGGAUUCGGUGUGCUGAAGAAACCAGGUUCUGGGAAGAAGGGAAGGUUCUCAUCUUUGAUGACUCUUUUGAACAUGAAGUGUGGCAAGAUGCUGAUGCGUAUCGCCUAAUCUUCAUUGUGGAUGUCUGGCAUCCAGAGUUAACACCCCAACAGCGACGGACCCUUCCUGCCAUUUAAGUGUGCUUGAAGCUUUCCCCAUUGAGGUCCAUGUCAUAUGAAGAAAUCUGUGUAUGGACUUUAAAGCAUAUGGACUAUUCUGUGUAUUAUACCAUUACAGCACUGAUCUGAUAGCUCUGUAUUCAUGCUGCAAGUUCAAAUCCUACACUUCUAUCAGCCAAAGAACAUCCUGUGCCAUGUUGUUGUUUUAAAUCAGACAUGUGCCAAUCUUUUGUUAUGCCAGCUUUAUGUUUACCACUGCUAGGCAUACUCUUGAUGUACUAGUCAUCAAGCCACUAAAGCUUGUGAUUAAAUAUGAAGGACACAGAUUUCCAGACACUGUUAAUGUGCAAUUUCUGUUCAUUUAAAAGACGGUUGCACAGCAGUGUUUAGUGGAUUGGGUCCCCCAUCAGUGCUUCCAUAUCCAUCCUUGUAAGGACACUCAUAGGCACUUACAGGAGGGCAUCUUGGACAUUUGUCACAUUAUGUCUAGUAACUCAUUUAGAUUUAAGCCAAUGAACAUACAGUUUGAGCUGUAGAUAAUGUGAGCAGAUGGUUUUAUAUUGUAUUUUUAAUAGAAAAUUGUAUUUUUCUAUCAGAGUACCUCCUUUUUUUUUUGCUCUUUAUGAACCACUUUCCUUUCAUAAUUUUCUUUGAAUGUUUGUUGUCAUUGUUGUUAAAAUGGCAACACACAUUAAUUUAGCAGCAAUAAAGCCUUAUAUGAGGAGCUCUUCAAUUUACUGAGCAUGGCUUCCUCGUUUAUCUUCCUGUGUCCAGUUCCUGAUUGUUUAUAACCCAAUAGUGAUAUAUGUCAUUAUUUCUAACAUAGAAAGGACCUUUAAGCCUUACUGAGGUACAUGGAAGCGUUUUGCCAUAUGCAGGUUUUGUCUCCAAGUUUCUUAUACAGUAAAAGAAAAAAGAAAAGAAAAAAGGCCUUUCAUUGAAAUAAGUAUCACACAAAUUCGGGGGGAAAUUCUGAUUUGAAAUAAUUUUGGUUCCAGUCUCUUAUGGCAUUUACGUUCUCAACUAUAGCCAAUUUAAUCUCUUCCAUAAGAGUGUGGCAGAGAAAACAAACCAGGUGCAUACACUACGACAGGGUUAAGCUGUUUGUGUAAUGUGGCAACACAUGGUUAUGGUGUGGAGCACCUGAGGUUAAAAAAGGAAAGAAGAAGUCGAGACUGACCUCCCAUUCAUAUUUAGUGAAAGAUAAUGAAACUUUUAUGAUGCAUUUUUUACUGAAUCUGCGAGUGCCAAGCUCUUGGCUUGCACACCUUUCGUGCCUCUAGAUCUACUGCUUGGAGGCCUGUUUUUCAAUUUCCUCUUUGAAUUAGUGAAAGAUAAUCUAUAGUUAGAUUGUCCAUAUUAUAACAAACAAUGGAACUUGUACCUGUGAGCAAUUCAGUAUUCAUGACCAAUAUAUAUAUUCGGUCAUUAUGAUUUCAUGCAUAGAAAAAUGUCCAAAUUUACAUUGGAUGGAUUUUGUAGAACUGUACAUUUGAAAUGUUAAGAUGAAGUAAUGAGAUAUUAUUAAGCUGAUGAGAGGAAAAAUGAUUGCUACUGGGUUGUCUGAAUAAUGUUUUCUAAUGGUAUUGCAAAGUAUGUUUAGUAUUUCAUAAAGACUGAAUCCAAGUCCUAUUUUAGUUUUCUCGACUGGAAAGAAUUCCUGUAUAGAAUGUUUAUAAAUAGCUGCUAUUUCUGAUCUUUUCUAAGUGCAGUUUGAAGACCAAAAAUGAAAGUGUGAACAGGUGUACUUUGUUGCAUUUGACAUACUACAAGGUAGGUUUUCCCACAACAGUAAUUAGUUCAGCAUUACUUUGUCUAGAUUUUGCCUGAAAACAAGUACUUUGAUGUAGCAGCGUUCUGUGACUGGCAAAUAAAGCAAAGCAAUGCAAAAUGUCCACCUACAGGUAUAUUGUUGCCCAUUAUGUGCUGUGGUAUAUUGUAUUGUGCAUUAAACUGAAGUGCCUUCAAUGUA